CAAAGUAUAUAAAUAGCCAACGAUUACUGCCUAGUAUCUACAAGUUGGUUGCAUGACUUGCAUCUAUCAUCACUUAGCCAACUUCUUUAUUUUUUUUUCCAACUAAUCUUAAGCCAAAAUGAGCACCAAAGUUAAAGAAACCACAAUUAUAUGCCCUGAACAAGAAACCCCAAAAGGAAGUCUUUGGCUAUCAAGCCUAGACUUAAUUACUCGUUCACCUUACACACAUACUCAUGUUUUGUUCGUCUAUGAACCAAACAAGGCUCAAAACACAAAUUCUACACCAUUUUUUGACACCAAUCUUAUAAAAGAAACUCUUAGUAAAGCCCUAGUGGCAUUUUACCCUAUGGCAGGACGAUUAAAGACCAACAACAAAACUGGUCGAAUCGAGAUCGACUGCAAUGCGAAAGGGGCCUCGUUCAUCGAAGUCGAGACAACACAUGUUCUCACUGAUUUUGGUGACUUUAAGCCGUCUCCUGAGCUACGAAAGGUGGUGUUUCCGAAGUAUGGCUAUGCUGGGGGGCUUUCGUCGUCCCCUCUACUAAUGGUGCAGCUGACCCGGUUUAAGUGUGGUGGGAUAAGCCUUGGGUUUGUGCAACAUCACCAUGUAGCUGAUGGGGCUUCUCAUGUGCAUUUUAUCAACUCUUGGGCAAGGCUAACUAAAGGGCUUGACCUUGAUGUUUUGCCGUUUCAUGAUAGGUAUAAUUGCUUUGCGCCGCGAGAUCCGCCCCAAAUUAAGUUCCAACAUUUGGAGUAUGAGCCACCCUUGCCACCCUUACCACCUAAGGUGUUUUCAGGUGAGGCAACUACCAUAAUAGAAGGUCUAUUUAGAUUCACCAAAGAACAAAUUAAUACCCUAAGGCUACAAGCAAUGUCCCAAGAAGUACUGAACUAUAGACCUAGUACUUUUGAGGUCAUAGCUGGGCACGCAUGGCGUACUUCAUGCAAGGCACGUGGACUAACAGACGAUCAAGACGUAAAACUCUACAUACCAAGUGACGGCAGAUCAAGAAUGAAGGAUCCACCAUUGCCACAAGGAUAUUGUGGCAAUGUAAUCUUUUUCACGGCUUGUGUAGCCAAGGCAGGCGAUGUCAUGAACAAACCACUAUGGUACCCCGUACGUAAGGUUCACCAAGCCGUAAAUAGAGUGAAAAGCGAUGAAUACUUAAGAUCGGCAAUCGACUACCUUGAAUCACAACCCGACCUCAAUACUCUCGUUCGUGGGGCCCAUACUUUUACGAGUCCGAAUUUUACAAUAAAUUCUUGGGUCACCAUACCUUACAAUGAAUCUGAUUUUGGAUGGGGUGGGCCCAAAUAUGUGCGCCACGGUGGCAUUAAAUAUGAAGGUCAAUCAUAUCUAAUAGCAAGCCAAAAUGGAGAUGGAAGCAUCUCAUUGGCUGUCAAGCUUUUCACAGUCCACAUGGCACUUUUUGGAAAAUAUUUAUAUGAUUUUUAAAUCUAAGUAAACUUUGUUGUCACAAUUUCAUUCAUAAAAUGUAGGUCGAAUUUAUGUCGUUAUGUCCAUGCACGUAGCUUUCAUUGGAUGGCUAGCUGUUUUUUUUUCUUUUUCCCCUUUCAUGUUUGUCAUGAUAAUGACCAUUCAUUUGAAAGUCUUAAGAACACAAAAGGAGAUCGUCUGUUAGCCAAAAUGGAGAUGGAAGCAUCUUAUAGGGUUGAGAUUAUUUGUUUUUUAAUUUAUUUUUAAUUAGUAAUUUUUUUUA